UGGAACCGCUGCCCUUCGCAGACGAAGACGCGUGAGAGUUGCACCGUGCGCUGUACAAGUCAGUGGCGUUGGGGAUGUUCCGAUUCUUCGUGGAUCACGAAGACCACUGCAUCGGGGAGCACUUCGUCGUCUACUACAUCAUCACACGGUCCAAGGCAGCGCAGAAGGAGGGGACGGUGGCGUUGUACCCAUUCGCCCAGCUCCAGACAAUCGAUCCAGGAUUGUUGGAGCUCAUACAUCUUGAGCUCCUCUCCAUUGCGCAAGUGAUCGCGAGCGAGGAAGAGGAGAUCCAGCCACGAUUGCGGACGGCGACGGCCCCGCAGAGAACGUACAACGCGGUCGUCAUCCUGGAUUACAUUGCGCUGCGCGCGAAGAGGUUGGAGGACUUCCCGGAGGAAAAGCCGUUGCAGCCUCCCUCGUCGUAUCCCCGACCGGCGCCACCCAAGGCCCCCAAGAAGACGCCGAAGAGGAAGAGACGCCACCCGUCGCUAGGAGCGCAAGGCAGCAAAAUCGGUGGCGGUGAGGAGGUGAUUCAGCCCGCACGUACGUGGAAUCAUAACCCCGCGCCUGGGAGUGCGGCGACGCUCGUUAAGGCGACUGUCGUGCCAUCGCCGCCCUUCCCGCGCGUGCCCGAUCUCAAUCUUGAUGGAGCCGGGCCAUCAGCAGCAGCAGCAGCCGGAGGAGGAAGCCGAAUGGGAAUACCGGAUCCCAUAUCCAGACCCCCCGUCCUCGCGGGACCUCGCCGCUCCCGCUAGCCACCCCGGGGUGCCCCGAUCAUUGACAUUAGCAGUUCCUCUAAGCCGGA